CGCCGCGCGCGGGCCGCCGCCGGCCCCGCGGCCCCGCGCCCCGCCGCCCCGGGGCCCCGCUCCGCAGCGCAGCGCAUGGAGCCCGGCGGGGACCACCGGAGCCGGAGCGGCGGCGGCAGGGGCGGCCCCGGGCCAGCAGCGGCCUCGGCACGGGGCCGAUCGCUGCCGCCCGCCGGAUCGAGCGGCGGCGCGGAGCCCGAGGAGGACGACGGCGGGCAAGAUCUUCAGCUGGAAGGGGGUGCUUUGGGGUCCUGGGGGAGUGCCCCCCUGCCCUCCUCCAGGGCCAGGGGACCAGCAUCUUCAGGCAGGAAAUACUCAGACCACUGUGAGGCCCGGGCCUCGAGGCCUGGAAAGAGCCGCAUCCCCGGCCGUGACCACCGGCGCUACUACCACGACCACUGGCGGCUGGAGUACCUGAUGGACUUCAACCCUGCCCGGCACGGCAUGGUGUGCAUGGUGUGCGGCAGCUCCCUGGCCACUCUCAAGCUCAGCACCAUCAAGCGGCACAUCCGUCAGAAGCACCCCUACUCCCUGCAUUGGAGUCCCCGGGAGAAGGAGGUCAUCAGCAACAGCUGGGAUGCCCACCUUGGGCUGGGGGCCUGCGGAGAUGCCGAGGGCCUGGGGGCCCAGGGGGCUGAGGAGGAGGAGGAGGAGGAAGAAGAGGAGGAGGAGGAGGGGGCUGGCCUCCAAGCUUGCCCGGCCAAGGGCCCAGGCAAAGCCCCAGCUGGUGGGGGCAGCCGGCGCCAGCUGCGAGGGGGCCCAGUGGCACCCCGGGCUCGGCGCCGUCGCCUCUCAGCCUCCCGGAGGGCCGGGGGCAGCAGGGGGCUGGGUGCCCGGCGCCUGGAGCGGAGGCUGAAGGAGUCCCUGCAGAACUGGUUCCGGGCAGAGUGUCUCAUGGACUAUGACCCUCGGGGGAACCGGCUGGUGUGCAUGGCCUGUGGCCGGGCACUGCCCAGCCUGCACCUGGACGACAUCCGUGCCCACGUGCUGGAGGUGCACCCCAGCUCCCUGGGGCUCAGCGGCCCCCAGCGCAGCGCCCUGCUGCAGGCCUGGGGCGGCCCGCCCCAGGCACUGUCCGAGCUCACCCAGUCCCCACCAGACGAUGACCUCGUCCCCCAGGACCUGACCAGAAAGAGCCGGGACUCCGCCCUCGCUGCUGGAGCCCCCUCCUCUCAGGAUCUCAGCCCCCCAGACGUAAAGGAAGAGGCUGGCUGGGUCCCUGAGAGGCCCGGGCCGGCAGAGGAGGAGGAGGAGCUGGAGGAGGGCGAGAGGGUGGGGGUCCCGGGCCGGUCGCCGCGGGGCCGCCACCGCCGCCGCCACUCCCAGGAGCGCUGGCGGCUGGAGUACCUCAUGGAGCUGGACGGCGGCCGGCGCGGGCUGGUGUGCAUGGUGUGCGGGGGCGCGCUGGCCUCGCUCAAGAUGAGCACCAUCAAGCGCCACAUCCGCCAGCGCCACCCGGGCUCCACGCGCCUCAGCGGGCCCGUCAAGGCCCUCAUCGCCCAGGAGUGGAGCGAGAAGGCCGCCCACCUGCUGGCCCUGGGGCUGCCCUGCCCCGAGUCCCCCGGGGACCCCGCCGCCCCCAGCACAGCCGCAGCCUCCGAGGAGGGGGGAGGGGCAGAGGAGGAGGAGCCGGAGGAAGAGGAGUGGUGGGGCGAUGUCCCGCUUUCCCCUGGGGAGCCGUCGGAGCGGCCUGCCGAGGAAGAGGAGGACGACGAGGACGGCCAGGAGCCCGGGGGACUCGCCUUCCCUCCGCUGCCCCCGCCCCCGCCGCCGCCCCCGCCGCCGCCGCCCCGCAGCCGAGAGCAGCGGCGGAACUACCAGCCGCGCUGGCGGGGCGAGUACCUGAUGGACUACGACGGCAGCCGGCGCGGCCUGGUGUGCAUGGUGUGCGGGGGCGCGCUGGCCACGCUCAAGGUCAGCACCAUCAAGCGGCACAUCCUGCAGGUGCACCCCUUCUCCAUGGACUUCACGCCCGAGGAGCGCCAGACCAUCCUGGAGGCCUACGAGGAGGCGGCGCUGCGCUGCUACGGCCACGAGGGCUUCGGGCCGCCCGCCCCGGCGCCGCGCGACGGCGGCGCGGACCUCAAGGCGGGCGCCGUGUGUCGGGCGUAGCGGACUCGGGCCCGGCGGGGCCGGCGCUCUGGCUGGGAGACCCUGCUUCCCGCGGCCCCGCCGCUGCCGCUGCCCCCCGCUGGCCGGGCCGGGCGGAGACUGGGGUUGGGUGGGGCGCCAGCUUCCGCUCGGCGCAGGGGAGCCCCCGAGCUGGCCGGUGCGCCGCAGGAAGCGCGCUCCCCUCGCACCCGGCGCCCCGGCCCUCCCCGCGCAGGGCCCACGUGUCCCGAGAAGCCACAGCGGCCUCCGAGCGUUUGCGCGGAGAGCUUCUCGCCCAGCCAGUGUCCGGCCGCACCCCACGAGGCGAUCGUGUGCCCCGCGGGGAUGGGGGGCGCCAACAGUCAGUAUUAGGGCUCCAAGGGUGGGAGGAGGGCGCGAAGGCCGCGCCGGCCCCUUCCCCUGCCCGGGGGCCCAUCUCUCGGCAGCGUGGCACGCCGCAGGCACGGCUCCCGGGUCGGGGGCGGCCGCUACCCUGGCAUUAUUGAUAUUCUCGGCCGCGGAGGCUUGGACUGAGCGCCGGGGCCCCAGCAGGAGGCGGGGCGAGGGGGCCCGGGAGCCCGCAGGGCGGGCAC